AUGGUUAAAAAUGAAUUAUAUAAUGAUGAAUUAAAUGACAUCGAAGCUAUUGAUAUGUUGCAUGAUCUAAGUUCUAUGAUGGAUUUUGAAGAAAGUAAAGUAUCUAUAGACAUUUUCUGUUCAACAAUGAAUAAUCCCAUACAUGAAGAAAAUAUCACAGAAUUAUCAAAAGAUGCAGAGGUUGAUCCUCUUUUUAUUGAUAACAAUGAUAGCACCAAUAUUGAAAAUAUAGAAAAUCAAGAAAUAAAAUAUAAAGAUACUAUGCUUAGUUCAAAUAUACAAGAAGGAGAAUGUUUUACUAAUAAAACAAAUGUAGCGAAUAAUACUGAAAGAAACAGGAAACAUAAAUCUAAUAAGAAAGAUACUGAUCUAGAUUAUGAUCAUAUAAAAUAUAUUUUGGGAGAACUAGAUAUUGAGUUAACAUCAAAUGAAGAAGAAACAUUAGAUGAAGCAGCCGAAGAUACAAUAAAUGCAUUAUAUAAUCUAAAUGUAAAAUUAAUGCAUGAAGUACCAAUACAACACGACAUUGAACAUACAGCAGGUUCAAGAACAUUAACAAAAAAAGAAAGAAAGUUAUUUUUAAAUUAUGGACCAAUGAAAAAUGGUACAUAUACACCUAAUGAAGAUACAAUUAUUAGAAAUAAUUGGGAAGCAUUUUGUGAAGCUCAUAACUGGAAUCCAAAAUGUGUAACACCAUUCAUUAAUAUGAAAUAUGGUAACAAAUUUUAUAUAAAGAGCUUAGUGGAGAGACGAAAAUUUACUCAAUUUUUAGCAAAUGGAUUACCAUGGAGAACACUAUAUAGUGUUUACCAUAGAUUUAGAUACUUGUAUAGAAACUAUGAAAAAUGUUUUCAGAGAUACACACCAAAGGAAGAUGAAAAUAUUUUAUCUUAUAUGAACAGUAAACAAAACAUUGCAAAAAAUAAUAAAAGAUUAAUAGAAUUAAGUAAAAUAUUAGGUCGUUCAAAGCACUCAAUUUGGUUACGUUAUCAACUACUUAAAAAAAUGCAUAAAAAUAAUAAACCAUCAACUGAAGUUAAAUGGACAUUAUCUUCAAUUGGCAAAUUUAUAAAAACUUUCAUGAGUGUAACAUUGUGUGAAACAGUAGAAGAUUUAAAAGAUGCUAUUAUUCCAAAACUUGUUUGGCAAAAAUUGGAAGAAAAGUUACAUAUAGAUUAUAAUGUAUUGAGGACAUUCUGGAUUUAUCAAUUGCACAUGCAGUUAUUUUGUCCAGAACCUAUUCAUUUAAAUGAUAUAAAAAUAAAAUUAAUCGAGUAUGUUUAUGGGAAAGGAAUUUCAAACACUCGAGAAAUAGUUUGGUUAGAUGUUGCAAAAUAUUUUGAUGGAAUUACUAGUAUCUUUUUAUGCAGAACAUUUUUGUAUCUUGUACAAGGAGCUAUUAAAAAAAAAAGGACAAACCAUUUCCCUGAUAUCAUAGAAUAUUUAUAUGAUGAAAAGAUACAAGAUAUAAAAGAUAAAUUGUCUGAUAAAUUUCUUCCUAGGCUUUCUUAUAAUAACGGAGAAAUUAAAAUUAUAGACAAAUAUUUGUAUGAAGAUAUCAGUAUAUCAUAG